AUGGCUGAAAGUAACUCAGAAAAAUAUUCACUUGGCUCACCUCUAGCACCCAUAGUAAUGUGUGAAACCCAUGAACUACCUAUUGAUAUGAUAUGUGAGGACUGUGAUGAAUUCAUUUGUGCUAAGUGUGCCAAAACAGAUCAUAGAGAACAUGAUUGGAACACUAUACACACGGCAGCCACCCAAAGAAGAAGAAGUCUACCUGUAUUUCUUAAAAAGAUCAAGGAAGAAGAUCUGCCCAGAAUUAAUGAGAAGGUAAAGAAGAUUCCAAAACAGAUGACAGAAAAUAAAGAAUUGUGUGACGCUGAGAUUAAAAAGCUUCAAAAUUAUGUGGAGGAGAUAAUGGCCAGGUUGAUAAAAAUCAAAAAACACCAUGAACAAACAAUAAGAGACAACUUAAUUGAAAAGAAUGAUCAGCUGAUCCAUGUGAAAUCUGAGCUAGAGAAGAAGAAAAAAGGAAUUGUUGAUACAGUGGAAUUCAUGGAGGAGAACAUCAGCACCAUUUCAGAUUACAGCUUGAUUAACAACCACAGAGAACUGAGGAAAAUGCUGUCUGAAUUGAGGGUCCAUACAACAAACUGUGAACAUUCAGUGAGGUUCACUAGAGGUGUAUUUAAUGAUGACUUCGUCGUAUCUUUGGUUGGAAAAACUUUAAAUUUAGAUUAUAUAACUGUUACUCAGACAAAUUCAUUUGAAUAUGGGAAUGCAUCAAUUUCUCUUUUGGAGGCAUUUGGUGAAGACCAAUGUUACAUAAAAGACACUUUAUCAGAUUAUAUAGAUGAAAUUAACGAUAAAGGUGAAAUAAUUAAUGGAUUUAUUAUUGAUCUAUACGACUUGUGUACGAUUGGAAACAGUAAUAUUUAUGUCACUAAUUACAGUAACUAUUCCAUAGACGCUGUCUCUACAGUUAUCAGUACAGAUCCACUGAUACCAAGAGGAAUCUGUCAGUCAGUGGAUGGUGGACUUCUGGUCACGUUGAAAGGCAAGGAAUCAGAUAAUUACAAAUUAGAGUCACACAGCAGACGUGUGGUGAGGCACAUCACAGUGACGGGUGAUGUCAUCCAUGAGUAUGAGUACCAGGAGGAUGGUAUUACCAGACUGUUUAAAUUACCAAUCGGUGUCACACAGCACAAUAACAGUGAUAUCUGUGUUGUGAAUGGUACAAGUAACACUACAGGUGAACUAGAGAUAAUGUCGCACUCUGGUCAGAUGAAGUGUGUUUAUCGUGGACAGAACCUGACAGAGAACUUUGAUCCAACUGAUGUAGUGUGUGAUUCCCUCUGUAACAUCCUUGUUACUGAUCUACGUAACAAACAGAUCCAUCUGCUGAGUCCUGACGGGGAGUUCCUGAAGUUCUUACUGACAGACGAGGAAGUGAACCAUCCAUAUUCACUGUCUCUAUACAAGUCUAAACUGUGGGUAGGAUACAACGAAGGAAUUGUAAACCUGUUUCGAUACUUAGUGUAA